AUGGGGGUGGAUGCAGAAUUGUUGAAGAAAAUUGUGGCCUUCUGGCUAUGGUUAGAGUCCCAGGGAGUCAAAGAAAUUCUGAAAAAAGUAGGGUUUCAGGAUGACAAAACUGUUGCCCUAAUUAGCCUUGAGGCUGAGAUUGCACUAACUGCACUAGAAAACCACAAUUUACAAGAUCCCUCUUCUUCAAACAUUUGUUUACAUGUUACGUCUAAUGUAGUUUCCAAUGGUUCAAUUGUCCCUCUUGAAGAAAUUCUUGAAGACAAAAACAAGGCCUGGAGUGGGAUCUCCCAACUCUUGAAUGGAGUUUGCAGGAACAUUUGUUUUAGUGUUCUGGAAGAGCAACCGGAAAGGAGAACUUCCAAAUUGGUGGAAAUUGUGCACAGAUUAUUUCAACCAUUUGAGAACUCAGACGAAGAUCUAGGCACUGUUUCGAAGAGUGACUCGGAAUCGAGUUCUUUGGCGUCGUCUGGACUCAAUCCAUUGGCCGAGGAGUGGAGGCCGAAUUCGGAGGCAGAACGCUCUUUAUACGUAACCUUCUCACAUGGAUUCCCGCUUUCGCCAACACAAAUUUAUUUGUUUUUUACAUGGUUGUAUGGUGACUGUUUGGAAAAGGUUUAUGUUCAUCAUCCACGGAAUGCGGCUGGGCCACCGCAUUUUGGGAGGAUUAUGUUCAAAAGGUGGUGGCGGUGGUUACCGGAGUCAAUUUUAAUGGGACAAGAACAAGUUAGGUUCGACAAAGUAUUUGGGAGAUCUCUUUGGUGCAAGAAAUUUCGACCAAAGAACAACAGGAUAGACAAUGCCUAA